UAGCGCAGUCAAUCCAAAUAAAUUGUAAUUGAAUCUAGAAUCUGUUUGCGCGCCUAAUAAAUUGUGAUGUGUAAAUUGUGAAUGGAGUGCAAGAAAUAAAAAAGCAAAAAACCGUUUAAAAUAUGUACGCUUGAGUUACUAUUUAUAAAAGUUUUUAUUCUGUAAAGUGAGAGAAUUCUUGGCACCAUAUUGUAAAUUCGGAAGGCUAGCGAUUCAAGUUCAAAUCAAAAAGUCAAAACUACAACAAAGCUAAAAACAAGCACAUUUAUCUGCGUGUAUCUACGUGUAAUGAUAUAUUCGAAAACUCCAACAACAACUAGCAGUUAAAGGCGAGUAGAUUCAAAAAGAAAAACAAAUAAAAAAUAUAAGCAAAAAACGAAAAACAAUAAACAAACAGCAACUACAACAAAAUUAAGACUCAUAAUAAAAUUAAAAAAAAAAAAACAAAAACAAAACAAAAAAAACCUUAAUCACCACUAAGGCGCAAAGUAGACAAAAGCAAAAUUUGAAUAAAAUAUAUACAUACAUACAUAAAUAUGUCGUCGCCCAGAAAUUCAAUUAAGAAAAAGAGCGCGACAUUAACGGAGACAAAAACAGCAAUAGAUAAAUCGAAACAAAAACAACAAACACCCACACCAGAGAGCAAAUACACAAAGACCAAGGAACGUAUAGUCGAUGAUGUGCCACUUCCGCCCGCCCACAAGCUCACCAUGGACGAGGUGUUCAAUCCCAAAACGGGGAAACCGGACUAUGAUGCUAUGCGGGCGCAUUUCUUGCUCGAAGGACGCAUGGAGGAGGGCCCUGCGCUGCGCAUCAUCAAUGAAGGCGCCACUUUACUGCGAAACGAAAAGAAUAUGAUUGAUGUGGAGGCGCCGGUGACAGUUUGUGGCGAUAUUCAUGGUCAGUUCUUUGAUCUCGUCAAGCUAUUCGAAGUUGGUGGGCCCCCAGCGUCCACGCGAUACCUUUUUCUGGGGGACUAUGUCGACAGAGGAUAUUUCAGCAUUGAGUGUGUGCUUUACUUGUGGGCGUUAAAGAUUUGGUAUCCGACGACACUGUUUCUAUUGCGCGGCAAUCAUGAAUGCCGCCACCUUACAGAAUAUUUCACAUUUAAACAGGAAUGCAAAAUAAAAUAUUCGGAAUAUGUUUAUGAUGCCUGUAUGGAAGCAUUUGACUGUUUGCCAUUGGCAGCGCUGCUUAAUCAACAGUUCCUCUGCAUUCAUGGUGGAUUAUCACCCGAGAUUUUCACAUUGGAUGACAUAAAAAAGUUGAACAGAUUUAGAGAACCGCCUGCUUUUGGUCCCAUGUGCGAUUUGCUUUGGUCUGAUCCAUUGGAAGACUUCGGUAAUGAGAAGAAUAGCGACUUCUUUUCACAUAAUUCAGUGCGGGGAUGUUCCUACUUUUUCAGCUAUGGUGCCUGCUGUGAAUUUCUACAAAAGAACAAUUUGUUGUCGAUAGUGCGUGCCCAUGAGGCGCAAGAUGCGGGAUAUCGCAUGUACCGCAAAAAUCAGGCCACGGGUUUCCCUUCGUUAAUCACCAUUUUCUCGGCGCCUAAUUAUUUGGAUGUCUAUAACAACAAGGCAGCUGUACUGAAAUAUGAAAAUAACGUUAUGAAUAUUCGACAAUUUAAUUGUUCGCCACAUCCAUAUUGGUUGCCAAAUUUCAUGGAUGUGUUUACGUGGUCAUUGCCAUUUGUGGGUGAGAAGGUGACCGAGAUGCUGGUGAAUAUUCUUAACAUCUGCUCAGAUGAUGAAUUGGUGUCCGGCCCAGAUGAUGAAUUGGAAGAAGAGCUCCGCAAGAAAAUCGUUCUUUUGCCAGUGAACACAAACAAUACACCACCACCAACAGCCACAAAACCAGUAUCUGGAGUAUCAGCGCUACGUAAAGAAAUCAUACGUAAUAAGAUCAGAGCCAUUGGCAAAAUGUCACGAGUUUUCUCGGUAUUAAGAGAAGAAUCAGAAUCGGUACUGGCAUUGAAGGGGCUUACUCCGACUGGCGCUUUACCGGUGGGCGCACUUUCGGGUGGCAAAGAUUCACUACGCAAUGCUCUUCAAACGCUAGGCGCCACACAACAAAUCACUUCGUUUGCCGAAGCCAAGGGCUUGGAUGCUGUAAAUGAGCGUAUGCCGCCACGGCGCCCAUUAAUGGUAGGCGGAGGUAGCAGUAAUAGUAGCAAUAACAACAACAACAACAAUGUUAAAAUGCCUAAUAAUAAUAGCAACAACAAUGUAAGCAACAGUAAUAUUAAUAGUACCGAAAUUAAUCAUGGCAAAAAAAUUGUAAAACAGGUGACGGUACGCCGCUCAAGCACUACUACCACCACCACCUCAACCAAAAAAUUUUGAUAGACUGUAGCUAGUAGGAUUUUUCUAAAUAGUUUUUAAAUUAUUUAAAUUCUAAAGGCUCAUAUUUAUUUUCGCAUUAGUUUUUGAUUGGUUAUAAAAUUAAUGAAAAAAAUUAUUUUUAUUGCUUAGAAAAAUUUACAUUUUUGACAUUUAUGCCAUUAGUUUGUUUAAUGACAGCGCUAAAAUUAUUUUAC